AAUGGAUUGUUAUUUCUUAGUUCGGAGUGGGCAGUUUUUCGGACAGUGUUUUUUGGAUAUUGACUGUAUUUCAUUUAUUUAACUAUCUGAAAAACUUUACCUUAAUUUCAGUAUUCCAAUUUUAUUCAAAUAACAGCAUUUUAUAUUAUAUUAUGAAUUGUUGUGCCGGUGCCCGGUCUACAAAAUGCGCACAUACCUCGUGAUUGGGAACCAGCGACAAAUCGUACGUAUUUGCCUGGAGGUGUAUUCCCAGAAGUACAUGUAUAGUGCCAUUUUGUGACGUGCAACCGACAAGUAUAGCCGACGAGUUCCCUCGACGACGACGAUUGGUGCCAUCCUGACGAGCAUUCCAGUUGAUGCCCAUAAACAUAUUGGUCACUAACCGCUAGAAUGCAGCGGUCUGUAUGUACCCCGCUUGGCAAAGGCACUCCCGUGCCUGCGGGAGGGGGAUCAUGGUCCCAUUUGAGUCUUUGUCUCUUCUGCCUUGGGUGCGACCGUAGGGCGGCGGCCCAAGAGGACAAAAGUGGGAGGAAUGUAGCGUUGCGCCAAAAGAGAGGUCGGACGAAAGCUAUGCCUGACUUAGGGGAGUUGGGUCAAGGUGCUUACGCAAGGGGCACUAUUACUUCAUCGGUGGCGCCGGUACGAUUCCUUCGCUGUGUGGCGUCGUCCCAAAAGGACAAAAGUGGGAGGAGUGUUGUGCCGGUGCCCGGUCUACAAAAUGCGCACAUACCUCGUGAUUGGGAACCAGCGACAAAUCGGUAUAGUGCAUGCUGGGCAGCACGAGAUAGUACGGUCUCUUGUGCACGGGUGAUUGAUGCGAGUGGACGUCUUUUCCCAAGUUGAGUAUUGCUUGGAGUAAUUGUGAGCCUGAGUGAGUAAUUGUGAGCCUGAGUAUAGGUUAUAUUGUAUCAUAUUGUAUUAUAUUGUAUUUUAUGUGUGUUCAACACGUAUUUACCUGGAAGGCCAUUCCCAGAAGAUAUAAGUGAGUCUGUGACUGUGUUUGUGAGUCUGUGAGUUGCCUGUGAUUUUGUAAAUGACAGGCAUUUCCCUGGAAGUGUAUUCCCAGAAGUAUAUGUGUAUGUAAACCGGUGACUGUGUGUUUAAGUACGUAUUUGCCUGGAGGUGUAUUCCCAGAAGUACAUGUAUAGUGCCAUUUUGUGACGUGCAACCGACAAGUAUAGCCGACGAGUUCCCUCGACGACGACGAUUGGUGCCAUCCUGACGAGCAUUCCAGUUGAUGCCCAUAGGUACAGUUCCAAAGGGUAUUGUACAUGUUUAUUAGACAAGCAGUUAGCCAAUAGCAGAUACAUUGGGUGAGAAUGACGUGUCAGAUAAAGAAAAGUGAAUUCAGUAAUAUAGAAUAUGUGGUACUGAACAAAUACGAGCAUGACUCAGAAACCCCUUCAGCCCCUAGACACAAAGGUUUGAAGGGUGACAUUGGCAACAUAAUACUCCUUACAAUCCUUUACAUACUUCAAGGCGUCCCACUCGGUCUUAGUGGCAGCAUUCCAUUGAUCCUGCAGAGCAGAAAAGUCAGUUACGAAGAACAGGCCAAAUUCAGUUUCAUUGACUGGCCGUUCAGUCUCAAAUUGAUAUGGGCACCAAUAGUGGAUUCUUUAUACUUGCCACGAUUAGGACGAAGGAAAACGUGGAUGGUUCCAACCCAGUAUCUUAUCGGGAUUUUCUUGAUCUAUCUAUCAACAAGAAUUGACAACAUCCUUGGAAAUGACAAUGGGAAAGUGGGCUCAGGAACCAUGGAUCUGAAUACGCUGUUUGUGGUGUUCUUUGUACUAAAUUUUCUUGCAGCUACUCAAGACAUAUCGGUAGAUGGCUGGGCUAUUAGCAUGCUUCAAAGACACAAUGUAGGCUGGGCCAGCACCUGUAAUGCUGUUGGGCAGACUGCCGGCUACUUCCUUGGUAAUGUAGUGCUUCUGGUGCUCGAGUCUGCAGACUUUUGUAACAAGUACAUCCGAAGUCAACCUUCCAAUGUCGGGAUAAUCACAUUUUCAGGUUUUCUUUACUUCUGGGGCCUGGUGUUUUUCGUCACUACGUCCCUAGUGUGGAUAUUCAAAUCAGAGAGGACUGACCCUGAGGUUGACCCUGACCAGAGCAUUGUGACAACCUACAAGCAGCUGUAUAGGGUCAUCAAACUGAAACCUGUUAUCUCAUACUGUGUAAUACUCAUGACAUGUAAGAUCUGCUUCAAAGCUGCUGACACUGUGGCCAGAUUCAAACUCAUUGAUGCUGGCAUUUCCAAGGAAACCAUUGCCCUGUAUGCGGUGCCACUGGUUCCCAUCCAGCUCAUUUUACCCUUUGUCAUAGCAAGAAAGACAUCCGGUCCCCGGCCUCUAGACAUCUUUUUGAAGGGAUUUCUACCCAAGUUAUCGAUGACAGUGUUCAUGGCCUAUCUAGUCCAUCUUGCUUUCAAUGUGAUAGAUGCGAAGGGAAAUGUGCCCAUGUAUUUCUACAUACUCCUGCUAGCAUGGAAUUGUAUCAACGAAGUGUUUUGCACAAGUUUUUUCGUGGCCAAAAUGGCAUUCCACGCCAAAGUGAGUGACCCUGUAAUAGGAGGCACCUACAUGACUCUGUUAAACACCAUCAGCAACCUGGGUGAUAGUUGGCCUGCCACUGUUGCAUUGUGGGCAGUUGGAGGACUCACGUGGAAGUCAUGUGACCAGGCAGGGAUUAGGUCUUGUGACUCAGCAUCUGGAGCUCAGGAAUGUUCAGCUGCUGUUGGACAUUGUGUAAUAGCUGUUGAUGGAUUCUACAUUGAAUGUUUUGUGUGUGUGGUUAUAGGCGUCCUAUGGUAUUUAUGGAAAAAACACAAAGUCCGUUUGUUAGAUGCCUUGGAUGUAAAAGAAUGGAAAAUUUCAUUAAGUUGAAGCAUUUGCUUAAUUUUUUAUAGGGCCUAGACUGGAUUUGUAAAGAGGAGAUUUUCUUUUAACAAAAAAAUCUGUAAAAGUGCGAAAUGCACAGGCUAAUCUGGAAGGACACUUUGUGCACAUGCAUUAAUCCUAGUUUUCAUAUAAUGUAUCUUUUAUUUUCUUAUUAUUGAGUUAUCAAGGCCAUGAUAUUCUUUUUGUUCUAAUGAUAUCUCAUCCACUUCCUAAAAUAGUCAUGAAAACAUCACUAACGCUACUCAUUGCAGUAAAGUUCCACCAAGUCUCAGGUGAAUUAUUACAUUUGGCAAUCUUUUUAAGGAAUAUACAUGAUGUUUAGCUCAGUGUUUUCGGAGAAAACCCGAGGUAUUGUCAUAGCCAGCUCGUCGUCCGACGUCCCCCGUAGGCGUCGUGCUAAAACCUUAACAUUGGCUCUAAAAUCAAAGUGCUUUCACCUACAACUUUGAAACUUCAUAUGUAGAUGCACCUUGAUGAGUUCUACACGCCACACCCAUUUUUGGGUCACUAGGUCAAAGGUCAAGGUCACUGUGACCGCUAAUAUAAAACUUUAACAUAAACCUUAACAUUCGCUCUAAAAUCAAAGUGCGUCCACCUACAACUUUGAAACUUCAUACAUAGAUGCACCUUGAUGAGUUUUUCACGCCACACCCAUUUUUGGGUCACUAGGUUAAAGGUCAAGGUCACUGUGACCUCUAAUAUUAAACUUUAACAUAGGCUCUAAAAUCAAAGUGCUUCCACCUAAAACUUUGAAACUUCAUAUGUAGAUGCACCUUGAUGAGUUCUACACACCACACUCAUUUUUGGGUCACUAGGUCAAAGGUCAAGGUCACUGUGACCUCUAACAUAAAACUUUAACAUAAACCUUAACAUUCGCUCUAAAAUCAAAGUGCUUCCACCUACAAUUUUGAGACUUCAUACGUAGAUGCACCUUGAUGAGUUUUUCAUGCCACACCCAUUUUUGGGUCACUAGGUCAAAGGUCAAUUUCACUGUGACCUCUAAAAAAAUAAAAAAAAUUGGACAAGCUUUCAUUUAUUCAAAACUGCACCGUAGCCGAGCGUGGCACCCGUUAUGUGGUGCUCUUGUUUUGACACAAUUGAACAAAUGUAUUACUCAUCUUAAUUGUUUGAGUGAUAUUGAAAUACAAAUGUUUAUAUAUACACACAUUUGUAUUCGAUGAUUUUGGUUGCAUGGCCAGUAUCAUUUAUGUUCAGAAUAAUUUGAUGGUGCUAAUAAAAACUUUUGAAAGUAGAAGUGGCAAUUCUUUGUGAUUCUACCUUAAAACAAUAUAUAUUAGAAACAUCCUAAAUAUUAUAUAUUGGAAAUUCAAACAUAUCUGUUCCAUAUUUUCAGUGUUUUGUGUUGCUCUGAUUGUGUUUGUUUCAAGUUUCCCCUUUUCACAAUUGUAUGCAUAUUAGCAAUUUUAUGAAAUUGAACACAUGUAAUUGUUAUUGACCUUGUCUGCAAAUUCAAUAAUUAUCUACCUUUGUCUCGUAGAUGCACCCAUGUAGUAACAUAUUUGUAUAAUCGAUGAUUUUUCAUGAAAAGCUCAUUUACAUCAGUUCUUUUUAUAUAUGCAACUUAUGCAUUCGUCCUAAGUCAUUAGAUACUAAAUAUUGGCUUGAUAUUUUAGAAUGUAAUUAUGAUUGUUGAGAGAUUUAGAACAACGUUUCAAUGUUAUUAAACAAUAGUUUGUAUUGUUAUUAUGUCUAUAAAGUGCCUUUUUAUAACAAUUACUCAACAAACAUGUUGUUCAUUAAGUGCCAGUUAUUUACUUAUUUUCAUUCACAUGUACAUUUGCAUUUUUGUUUUGAUUGGUUUUAAAUUGGGCGUGCAUGCUUUUCUCUCAAAAUUGCCUAAAUUAUACAAAGAUACAUACACAUGUGGGAAAGACAAUUACAUUUUUAAGUUUGUUUUUUUUUAUCUUGAUUUUACUUGCAUCACACAAAUACAUGUAUUAGGUAAUGGCUACUUUUCAAGUUUAUUUAUAUGUACAUGUAUAAUCCGGUCUUGUUUUAUUUAUUUAUUUAUUGUUGUUUCAUAUAUUUGUUUUGGAUGGUACAUUUAUUAAAAGAUGAUAUGUGUAAAUGA